AUGACAACCAUUGCAAAUUCGUGCAACACAUUUGCAGUACCAUUUUUCCGCACAGCAGAUGAUACGGAUGCAAUAGAUAAUACGGAUGCAGCAGAUAAUAUGGAUGAUACAAAUACAAUGGAUGUGGUGGACAAUAAUCAAUUUAAAAAAAGAGAAGGUUCAAAGAAAAGAAGUUGGGUAUGGGAUCAUUAUACAGUCUUACCUACUAAAUGCGGAUCAAAAGGCCAGUGUAAUGAGUUGACAAAAGAAGGUAUAAUGUGUAAUCAUAUUAUCGAAACAGAUGGUAGUACUGGAAAUUUCAGUUAUCAUCUUCAAAGUAAACAUGGAGUUACGAAGUUUGGCAAAUUGAUAUUAGAUACUUCUCAUCUGUCAUUUGAUGAAAUGUUUCGUCAACAAUUUAAAAAUAAUGUUGAAUAUAAAGAGCAAGUCGAUGAAAUAGUGACUGAAUUUCUCAUAUCUGAUUCACAGUCAUUUUCUAUUUUAGAAAAUUCGGCAUUCAUAAAACUUCUAAAAAAACUUAAUCCAUAUUAUGAAACACCUUGUGAUAAAGGUAUUAAAACUUUGUCUUAUGAUUGGAUGAUAGUUACUCUUAAAGAUAAGAUAAAGAAUUCAAUGAAAGAUUUAAUUAAAGUUUUACAACCUUUCACUGAUGCUACAAAAAUGCUUGAUGGAACUUUUGAUGAUGAUCAAGAGCUUCAAGAAGAGAUUGAUUUUAUAGAUGAACCUGAAAUACUUGAUGCUGAAGCUUAUUUGAUAACUGAAUAUGAAGCAUUUAAAGAACAAGAACCAAUACUAGCAGAUAUAGUACAAAUGAAUGAUGAUCCUGAUGAAGAAGAAAAUCAUUAUUUUUCAUAA